AAUUAUAUGUUCAAUUAUUUCGAUUUUUGAGGGUUAAACAAGAUGAACACUAUUUUAUAACCAAAUUGAGUUUCGGCACACCUAGUGCUUUAUUCAUCUGUUUUGUGGAAUGUCUCGACUUGAAAAGAAGCAGCCUGCUCGUUGUACGGAUUUGCCACUGAACAAUGCUGAUAUUUGCAGCAAACUUAACAUUUUGAGGCAACUUCUAAAGUCUUGUUAUGGACCUACAGGCAGACUAAAACAAAUUCAUAACAACAUCGGGGGGCAGGUUGUCACUACCUCGACGUCGUCUGUCCUUUUACCAGCUUUGUCCUCAUCAGAGCCCUUUAUAAAUCUAAUAAGGACUUCUAUAAUCAACCACACAUCUCGGUUUAGUGACUGUGGUCUAUUUGCAGGUAUUUUGUGUCUGUCUCUUAUAGAAGAAGCACAAAUUUCCUCUCUCAGAAGAGCUGUUUGUCAAAAAGUAAACAAGUAUUUACUUGGUCUGUGCACAAGUUACCUCCAACAAGAAGACUGUGCCUGUAAAGUCAAAGUGGAUUUCACCAGCAGCCAGUGCCUCAUCAGAUUAGCUCAUGGUGUCAUCUCCAGCAAACCAGCUUGUGUUUUAAGAGAAUCAGAAAUUCUUCAUAUCAGCAGAUUGACUGUACACGGAUUUGUACUCACUGUCCCCUGUGACAGCCCAGGUGUAGUCAAACUUGGAAGAAUAAUAACGCUCCCAGUGGAAGGCUUACCAGUGACGGACUCAACCAUUUUUCCUGGGUUAUUGCUAGAGAUGCCUGACCCCAUGGGGCUUCCUAAUUGUGAACUACUGCGUACUAUUAUAUUUACUGUAUCUCUUGCCGGGGACCUUUCUGAGCUUGGAGAAGGGACCGUUGAGGUGCACAAAGGAGCAGACAUGGAGGCACAAAUCCUGGACCAGCUACUGAAGACUGGAGAGCAAGUUCUUAAAGAAGAGGUGAAAUUGUUUAUGUGCCAAAAGGUCAUCCACCCAGUACUACAGCAAUAUCUGAGGGACCAUGGCGUCACAGUGAUAGAGAGACUCGGAGUUAAUUUACUGGAGCCAGUUAUUCAGCUAACAGGUGCACAACCAGUUUCUACACUACAUACCAUCCCACCCAGUGCUUAUGGAAAAGUGAAAGAAAUCACUGUGAGACAGUUUGGAUCCAAGACGAUGCUGCAUUUGGUUCCCACUGAGGAGGGUGCUAUCUGCACUCUCAUCCUCUGUCACAGAAAUGAGACCAUGCUAAAUGAGUUAAAGGUUGCAUGUGAGAAGGCAGAACAUGUGUUAAGGUUGACACUAAGAGAUCCGUUUGCCCUUUAUGGAGCAGGCUGCUUUGAAACACACCUUGCUGCUUAUAUCAGACACAAGAGUAAAACUAUUGAUUUGGAUACUGCUUCAAUAUUUGGAUGUACAAAGACAGAGUAUGUGCUUGCUGCAGAGGGUUUUUGCCGCUCUUUGGAGUCAGUCACAACAGCGCUGGAUCACAAUGGUGGGAGUUGUUUAAUUGAUCUGACUCAUGCUCACCACUGGACACUUCCCACUGACACGACAACAGAUGAAAUGGAUGUAACUUUGAGUCUGUGUAGGUGUGGGGGGGUGCAAUAUUGUAAAGAUUAUAAAUGGAGCUUUUUAAACAGCAAAUACAUAGAGUUCUCACCUGCAGCUGCGAGUAGAGAGGCUGAUGUCUUGGACUCCUUUACAGCCAAAGUUAAUGGGCUCCAGGUUGCUGUAGAAACUGCUAAUCUUGCUCUAGACGUGCAAUAUAUAAUACAGGAUACAAACUAGAAAAAGGGAAAUCUUGAAAAUGACUGAGUUCAUCAGCAUACAUUAAUACAAAUUAAGUAUCCUGCUACUCCCACAAUUACAGGCCAUAGUUAUCUAAUAUUACCAGAAGAUGGUGCUUAAAGGUCAUACUAAAAUAUUAUUAGUACAAACAAAAGAGAUACAAUAGAUUUUUUAUUUUUAUUUUAUUUUAUUUUUUUAUUGAACUGCUUGUUGAACACCCUUAGUAUUGUAAGAUACAUUCUAACAAAACAUUAUUUAUUGUGUCUC